GGGUAGUGUCAGCAGGACCCAGCAGUAUCAGCAAGUGCGGUGUGGGUAACACUAUCCACUGAAGAAACAGAAUGAAGUUAAUCAGUGAAAAACUUCCCACGCGUCCCCAAAAUACUACGUUCCCAUGUGCUGCCAACACUCAGAAAUUCACCCAAUGGAAAAAGGAUAAUAAGCAAGAUUAUCACGAUCACUCCAAGUUAGUGGAAAAAGCAUUACAAUUACUGAAGGAAAGAAUAAGAAAAGGAGAUCCUCUGGCACGUUUCCUGAGAGGUCAACUAUACUUUGAAGAGGGAUGGUAUGAGGAAGCAUUAGAUCAAUUUGAAGAAAUUCAGGAGAGUGAUCAUCAAGCUGUUUACCAGUUGGGAGUUAUGUAUUAUGAUGGGCUGGGGACAGAAGCAAAUCCUGAAAAAGGAGUGGAAUAUAUGAAGAAAAUUCUUGAAUCUCCAUGCCCCAAAGCAAGGCAUUUAAAAUAUGCGGCUGCAUACAACUUGGGAAGAGCUUUUCAUGAAGGACAAGGUGUUCCGCACAAUGAUGAGGAAGCUGAAAGACUAUGGCUUUUUGCUGCAGACAACGGGAAUCCAAAAGCUAGUGUCAAAGCGCAGAGUAUCUUGGGAAUGUACUAUUCUACAAAAGAGCCUAAAGACUUGGAGAAGGCAUUUUUUUGGCAUUCAGAAGCUUGUGGCAAUGGAAACCUGGAGUCCCAGGGCGCGCUUGGUCUGAUGUACUUUUAUGGACAAGGUAUCCCUCAAAAUACUGAUGCUGCCCUUCAGUGCUUGAGGCAAGCCGCCAACCGUGGGAAUGUCUAUGCUCAAGGCCAUCUUGUCGAAUAUUACUAUAAAAUGAAGUUUUUUACAAAAUGUGUCACCUUCUCAAAAAGGAUUUCUGGAUAUGAUGUCAGCUAUGAUGUUCCCACAAUAGCCCAAAUAACUGACUGUCUUCCUGAAUACAUAACCAAAGGCAUAGCGAUGGCUUCCUUCUACUAUGCGAGAUGUCUUCAGCUUGGCUUGGGUGUCCCAAAGGAUGAAGCGGAAGCCAGAAAUUACUAUUCCAAGGCAUGCCGUCUGUGUCCUGCACUAGCUGAUGAACUUUACUCUUUGGUUAUUCGUCAGAAAAUUUAAGCCGUGAUACAUAAUAGCAAAGAUGAGCAACUCCUAACUAUAAUGCUGCCUGAUAAUGUAGAAAUGGGACUGAAUUAGAGAUGAAAAAGCCCGCAGAUCAAGGACACAAAGAAGUCUAUGCUGGAGGUGACAGAAUCAAAAUUCCAUCAUAAUUCCUCAAAAGGGCACUGAUUUUCAUGGGAGUUGAAAGAAGAAAAGAAAUGAAAGGCAUAAAGAAGAACCUUCUUGCCAAAAAGAGGGGACUAAGAAAAUAUAAACUUCUGGACACAAACAUUUCCAGUGCUACUAAAUUUUUAUGAGAAUAAUCUACAUAGACUGAUGUCAUCCUUGAUAAAGGCAGGAAAGAGGAACAAGCAGGAUUUUCCCAAAAUUCUCUUCUGUUCUACAUAUUUAUAGUCAACACAGUUGACUGAAGGAUCCAGAGAAAAGAAGAUCUCACUGUGCUUACUGACUAUAAAAAUAUUUGAAGGGAAAUUCUGCUCUAAAGACUUUUCAACAAACUGUCUCCCAUGUGUCACAAUCAUCCAAGAUAAUUUGAAAUAUGGAACAAUAAAAAUUUUUUCAACAACUCUU